GGAAUCACGCAUAACCUGCAUCAUACUUUACCGGCAGUGUCUGGUUGAGUGGAGGUUAUAGCAUGUCUGACUCCGGCUCGGCAACAGAUAGUCCCAAACGAGGGUGGAGGGAGGUUUUGGAGAAGAAGGCCCGGGUGAUACAGGAGGUGGAGGUAGCCAACUCCGAAGGCAAACUCCUGUAUGGCACGGCAAGGGAGCUAGUGCAUGCCCUGGGACAGGUUCACUCCUCAAGGUUGCCACAGGAGAAGAUUCAAGAGCUCAUCAAGGGGCAAUAUGAUAUUGCGGUUAAGCAGCGCAAGAAUCGUUUUGUUUCUGAGCUCCGGUACCAUGCAGAUGUAAUCUGCUCGAAAGAAUUCGUGGCGAAGGCGUUCGGCAAACCUGCGGCCAAGAAAACUUGUCUAGGAGUGUCGCUGAAUGCUCGUCAAAGAGGAGGUACGGUACGGAAGACAACUGGACGACCGAAGACUUUUUCGGGAUUACAGUCCGGAUUUCCGGCUCUACCGGCCACAGCUUCGAGGGUCCCGGCAACUGUGUCGCUGGGAGCAAUCAAGGUGGAAGAGGCUUCAGGAGACGACGAAGAGCUGCCCAUGGAGACCGAAGUGCUUUCGGUUAUAGCGCCAGAAGAAGAUCCAUCAACUUCUUCUUUCUUCGCGGCGUUGGAUGAAGUGGGAGAGUUCUACGUCGUUGAUGAUGUGGGGCAGUGCGAAGAUACCCCACUGAUCAAGGAAGGACGUGCUCCGGUGGAGGGGACUCCGAUUUCGGUUGGAGCCUCUAAUGCUGGGGUAGCUAGGGUCCCGGUCGAGGCUGGGAACCUGGCACCAUUGGUAAUUCCUACACAACUGUUUACCAAUAGUUCCUAUGGUGUGAGGGAGCCACGGAAAAGGAGUUAUCCGAUGAGGGAGGAACCAGCCGAAUCGACACUAGUCGUGCCAGAGUGUGUGCCGGUGAGGAAAAUCCUGAAACCCUCAGUCUUGACUAGACUGGGUAGCCGCAUGGAAGAGCCCAUGAAAAAGAAACGAACGUCCCGUUGUCCGUUAAUGGGAUGUACGUCAGAUUCUCGCCAUCUAAGCAGACACGUCUACCAGAGGCACCUUCCUGAGCGAUUCCAGCUAGGCAAUUUGGCGAAUCCGGCUUGGCAGGUAGCUCGGUUGCGAGGGCUUAGAUGGCUCGCUCUACAACUCGUCGGAGAUGAUCGGCUUGGUACCCUGCUAGAUUUUGCCCAGAAGAAUGACUUAGGCAUCAACGCGGAGGUGUCUCUAUCUGAUGUAGAUAGACAGUGGUUGUCCGAGUCCGCUCGUCAAUCAGGAUGCCCGGAAGUGGAUUUCGACAUCCAACGUCUGAACUCGCAGGCUCUUCUUGCUCAUUGGCGUGUCCUUGUCGGUCUACUAAAACAUAUUCCAAGGGAUCGGCAAGUGUACUUCUUCAACCUGGACAGUCAGCGUACCUCUAGUACCGUCCCGGCUGCGGCUGGGUUACAUGUUCAAGUCCCUGAAGUGGAGCAUCCAAGUACCCCGACACCCCCGGUUGUGGCAGUGACGGAACCUGUAAGACGUGGAACGGCUAGUGCUGCAGCUGGGUUACAUGUUCAAAUCCCUGAAGUGGAGCAUCCAAGUACCCCGACACCCCCGGUUGUGGCAGUGACGGAACCUGUAGGACGUGGAACGGCUCAUGCUGUUUCUAAUAUACUGAACAUGUCUGUUAGGGAGUAUCUGGCAGUGUCCGGACAGGCAAACCUCUCGUUGGCUAGGGGGAGCACAUCCCAGGCGUCAGGACGACCAGUAACGACCAGGAUUUCGGCCUUCGAUUCUCAUUUUCACCUGGACCGGUCUCUAGUGAAGUUGGGUAUGCCGUAUUACUCAGAUAUCCGGACCAUUCUGGAUGCAGAUGUGGGGAUCAGACCCCAAGUUGAAGUGGAUGUGGUAGGAGGUGUCCUGAUCUAUUGUGACCCCGAGACCUACCCGACAUCUUUCCCGGCUCAGGCUGGGUUUGGUGUCGCGGUGGGAUUACAUCCCCGGAAAGCGGCAAGAUUCAACCCUGAGCUCUACCGUCAUUUAAAACAACUCCUGAGGAAUGAACGAGUAGUGGCAUUGGGAGAAGUUGGGUUGGAUCGAACCGAGCCAGCAGAUACUUGGGGGUUACAGGAGGAAGUUUUGACCAGGAUUCUAGAGUUGUCAUCCCCUUGUCAACCUAUCAUCCUUCAUAUCCGGGAUGGUGAGGAUCGGCAGUCCGGAUUGCUCUAUCUGGAAUGUCUGGAAUUAUUAAAGCCCAAUGUUGCUCGAACGCAGAAAGUGGUGCUGCAUUGUUUCACCGGCGCGCAAGAGGUAGUGAUCAGCUGGUGUAAGGCAAUCCCUAAUUGCUUCUUCAGUUAUUCAGGACAAGCCCGGCUUUUCACGGAGGCGCAGAAACAGGCAGUCCGGAGGGUCCCGGCGAACAGGCUGUUGAUCGAAACUGACUCGCCAUACUUUCGACCAGCUGGGGCUCGGAUGUGCACUCCAUCCUUUUUAGGAGACGUCGCCAACGUGAUUGCGUCAUAUCGGGAUAGUGAGGUCAGGGACGUGUGCCAGCUGACCUUGAGGAAUUCCACUCAACUGUUUGGGUCAGAAAUAGCAUAA